GAAAAAACUAAACUGUGACAGCAAAUUUUUUUGACAGAACAAGCAAAAUUAAAUGUCUACAUUGAUUCUUUUUAGGUUUUUCUUUCCGAGAAUUUUUGGAAGUAAUUUUAUUUUUAUUUACUGAUAUUUGAAUUUCAAACAUUGCAAAAUUAUUAGUUACAUUUUAAAAAGAAUGGGAAUGGGUGACGAGAGUAACAAAGAGGCUGAACCCAACACCAGUAAAAAGGACAGCCAAAAUGAGAACUCGGAUCACGACACGCGCGAAAAAAACCCCAACGAUCCAGGCUCUGAAUGCUCGUGGUCUUUGACUUCAUAUUCCGGAGUCAGCGGGCUCGAUAUGGCCCGCGUACGGGCUGACGUACCGAAGCCAAUAGGAAAAAAAGAAAUGAAGACAGUAGAUCGGAAGAGCCGGAGAAGAUCACGGCCGGAGAAGCAUCGUCACGGCAAAGUGAAUAAGAGAAAGCGUUCGGAGACGAGACGUCAGCUGGUGCAUAGAGUUCAAAAGCGAAGGCCAAAGGUGACCAGGAAGAGGGACCUGUCUGUCUCGACAAUUUUCACGAGAUUGUCGCCGGGAAGCCGAAGGUCAAGGAGCCCUGGCUGCAAGUUUUGUGGACAUCGUUGUUGCCUCAGAAGAUACAAUAAGAAAAAGAAAAGGGUGAGGUUUAAAAAAGAAGUAAAGAAGAGGAUUACCAAGAAAGGAAAGAGAAACCGUGUGUCCGAGGGAAUACAGGCCGGAUCUAGGUGUGAGAUGCUAUCACCGUUGUUCGUUAAAUACAGCGGCAUUCCUUCAAGACUUCCGAAUGCAGAAUGUUCUAGAAAUUUUACUGAGAUAUCUCCGCAAAUGAUAUUUGAUAGUUUGGAGAGAUUGACGAAAUGGAAACACGCGGUCGUCACAGUCUCCAUACUAAAAUAUAUGGCUCACAAUUAUCCUGUGAACCGUGAUAUGGGACAGCUAUUGAAGGAAUUAAAAGAAAAAUUGAGGGUCGCCGCUCUUGCUGGUAUUGUCAUUUUAAUAGGAAUCGAUUGUUGGUGUCUCAGUAGCGAACUUGAAGAUACGAAGUUGACACAGAAUCAUGUUUCGUUGUUUUGGAAAAUCUACAUGGACACAAUGAAACCGUUUUCCAAGAGGAGUGCCGUAUGAGAUAUGUAUAUAUUUAUAGUGAAAAUAAUUUUCACCCAUCUCCCUAUACACUAUAAUAGAAAGAUCGAGACCUCGUGUUUGUGAUAUUAAGUUGCUGAAUAAUACGUAAAUUAAUAAAAAGUUUGUUUGUAUUUAUAUUA